CAUUCCCAGUGAAGUUAAAUUUUGUCAUCACCUCUUUGUCUUUCUUUCUUCAUCUUCUUCCUCUGUCCUUUUGCCUAUUGUAAGCUUCUUACAACACCUUCUCUCUGUCUCAUAUACUAACAAUCAGUACUCCAAUGGCCUUCCAGCACUUAUUACUCUCUCUGCUCCACUGCAAUCCUACUUGUUUAUUCCUUAACCGAUUCAUUCCGCUGAUCGAUAAUAACAUUCACAAUUCAACAACACCAAGGUGAUUUUGGAUGCAAAAUGGCGGCCAUGUCAUUGGAAGAAUUACUAACCAAGGAAGGUUUUAAAGGAAGGAAGUUGAAGAUGUUAUCUAGAGCCUCCUUCGCAUCAGAUCCAGUUGGAAGAUCAUCGUAUCACCGACAACCUCCUGCAUCAUCGUCUUCUUCUUCUCCUUCUUCACUUGUGAAAAGAAUCCAGAGGACUAAGUCUGAUCUACCUUGUUAUAAUAGUCAUUUGCCAAUGAACAACGAGACGAGAUCUAGGGGUAAAGCCGCACAGAAAGAAGCGGUUGAAAGACAUGAGGAGGAGAAGAAGAAACCGCCAAAAUCAGGUAAAAAUCAAUUUAAAUCUAGAUCAUCCAGCUUUGUGCAAAAUGGAGAUACGUUUUCUAGUGACAAUAAUCACUGGGAGAAUAUCAUACAAGAGACGUCUUACAGUAAGAAUGCCAGAAGCUUUGGUGGUAGCAAAGGUCAGUUGAAUGUUACGGACGAAGAACCGCCUCUUGAUGAAAUUGCAGUUCAGGCCAUGAUAUCUAUCUUAGGUGGAUACACCAAAUGCUUUCUAAACGAUGAAGAAUUCCGAUCAUCACUUCGUCACAAUUGCUUUGCUUCUCUUAAUUCUGUUCAACAACAACAACAACAAGACCUUAUUACCACCGAUAGUAAAGUCAUAGAAAAUCUCGAAGAAGCCAUUGAAACAGUAGAAAGAGCUGCUGAGAAUUCCGCAACCGUAAAAGAACUGAAAAGAGCUUCGUUACAGCUCAGUGUGAUUACAGGCUUGAAUUCCAAGGAUCUAAGAGACGGCUUCACAUCAGGAAUUCCAAAUUCAAUGUUAUCUUCAUGUGCUCAUCUCUAUUUAAGCAUUAUUUAUAAAAUCCAGAAGAAGAUGAGAAUCUCAGCAAAGCAUCUCCUCCAAGUCUUCUGUGAUACACCAUAUCAGGCGAGAAAAAUGUUGUUGGCCGAGGUGUGGGAUCAUCUGUUUUAUCCUCAUCUCUCGCAUCUGAAGAUUUGGUACGAAGAAGAAGCUAAUUCGUUAGCAGAUUCACCAAAUAAGAUGAAGAAAUUAAAGCUGGUAGAGAAAGUUUAUAAUGAAAAACUGGAUUCGGGAACUCAACAGUUCGCAAGCUACUACAAGGAUUGGUUAACAGAAGGAACUCUUGUUCCUGCCAUCCCGUCUAUUCCAAUCCCCUCUACUAUAUCAGUUCAUAGAGUUCUUGAAACAGUAGAAGACGGGUUUGAGUAUCAUUCAGCUCAGAGAAUUCAGUUUGGCGGUUUUGACAAACAUCCGAUGGUUAGUAAAAGAUUAUAUGAUUCAGUUUUCAGCCAUUCACAUAAGCCACCAGAAGUUGUUGAAAUCCAUGAAGAGAUUGACAAUAAUAUUGGAAGCUCAGAUAGCUCCAUUAUUGAAGACAAGCAAGAAACCACCGAGCCCAUUGAAGAAUCAAGCAUCCCAAAGGAUUUCAUAUGCCCACUUACCGGACUUGUGUUCACUGAGCCAGCAACGUUGGAGACUGGUCAGACUUUUGAGAGAUCUGCCAUUGCUGACUGGUUGUUAAAUCAAGGAAAAAGAACAUGUCCAGUUACAGGGACAAAACUCGAAUCUCAAUCCGUACCUCCAGUAAACUUCAUCCUUAAACGAGUUAUCGACGAAUGGAAAUCUGGUUUCUUUAGAAAUAAUCAAGCUUUUUCCAUAUUAGAGCAGCUACUUAAGAGCAAUCAAACUAAGUCGGCUGAAAAUGCAACUUCUUUGUUGACAGAACUAAUCUGCAUGAACAGGAGGAAAGACAUGAAUAUUUUCUUGAGUGGUGGAUUAAAGAAAGAAGAGAUAUUAAAUAUGAUUAAUGUUCUGCUCCAGUAUCUUCUGAGGUCUCCACUCGAGCAAAGGCCGAUCAUUGCUGUGCUUUUGUUACAUAUUGAUCUUAUGGUUGAGCAUGACUCCACGGAGAGCAUAUGCAGAGAGAAAGCAGUUGAUGCAAUCAUAAUGGCUAUGGAUUUGAGUUUCUCAAAUGAGAAAGUUCGAGUUAACUGCUGUAAAGCUUUACUUAUGUUAGGAGGACGUUUCUCUGCUUCUGGGAAGAUAAUGACAGAGGAUUGGAUCCUCAGGCAAACUGGAUUUCUAGAGAAUAAGGAAUCAAGCGUACAGUCUGAUGAGGAAGAUAUCCCUCCAUUGGAUGACGACGAAGAAGAAGAGACUAGUAAUAAAACCUGGUUGAGGAGUGUGUCGGCAUCACUUAUCGGCUAUGGGGAGAAAUCGUUCUUGGAUAGUAUUUCAAAAUGUCUGGCUUCUAGAAUAAGGGAUUUGGUGAGGGUUUGUCUAAUCACAGUUGCAUGGUGGAGCUCUGCAUUGGAUUCUUGCUCCAACAUAGAGUACCAGCUUUCUGCCUUCUCAGCUCUCAUAUCGCCGCUCAAGGAAUGCCUUGAAAAUGGCCAUUGUUUAGAGAUUAAGAUCAUUGCUUCUAUGUGUCUGCUCAAUUUCAGCAAAAUUCCAGAAUGCAGGGUGGUUUUGAUGACAUUUGCAGACGAAAUUGCUGCCACUCUUCAAACUAUUGCAGAUGUAACAUGGACAGCCAAAGAACUUCAUGCUGUUUUAUGUGGGGAAGAUGUAGAUUAAUUCUUAUCAAAUCUGGUAAGAGUCCUGAAAACUUGAAAUCUCAAGUUAAAUGUAGUCAUGCUGUGCUAUCGUACUUCAGACAAAAAAAAACAUUGGUCUUAAUAUAUUCAAAAAAAAGUUUCCUUA